AGAGCAAGCCAAGUAAGACACUGGUCAUCUGGAACCUCCUGUCCUCGCCUUGCAGCUUCCGCUGAGGAUGAGGAUGAGGCGACGCCGGGGGCGGUCAAGAUGUUGUCGUUUGCUGGUUACAUCAGGCUUUGCCCGGGCUACGAUGUCGAUGCCCUGGGCGGGUAUAUAAAGGAGUCCUCCUCGCGGGUCUUGCUACACUCCUAUUCUCAAGACUAUCAACACUCUUCCCGACAACCUCCUUCAGCUACAUCCCAAGCUACAAAGCAUCUCGAGAACUUGAACCAAGAUGGCCUAUGCUCAGUGGGUUUACAUCCUCCUGCAGACGCAGGCGGCGAUGAGCCAGAGCAAUAUCACGCUUCAGAACGUGCAUCUCAAUUGGGGCAAGUUUUUCGAAUACGACAACAAGGACAGGGAGGUUUCGGUCGAUCAGGUCCAGAAGACUUCCAUCAAGCCUGGUAACCAGGUCGGAAUUGCUGCCUGUGGCCGGUCCGAUGCCUCCUCUGGUACUGAGGGCAGCUUUGAGAUUUGGGACGGCGAGACCAAGAUCUGCAAGGUGUACUGGGACUGCCCCUGGGGCUCCAAGACCAACACCUUUACCGUCUCCGAGCUCAAUGACGUCUAUUCCGUCGAAGCAAGGGGCGCCAACCUGGACAGUGGUGCUCUUGGAAACGUCACCGUGAGGAUCAGCAAGUGGGCCUAAAUAGGCAGCAUUGAUGAGUGUUUCGCCAGACGAAGAUGAGGAGGAUGUUCGUCUGUAUGGGGACGUACGUAUAGUGGCCUGCUCUGAUUGUAU